CGCUCCGUGAUGUGUUAGAAUGGACGGCUGGACUCAUGUUAAUUACUUAAAUUUGAACCAAAAGUAAUUUCAGUCCGGCUAUGGGACGAGAACUCCCAUUCAUGUUACGAAUCUAUGAAGGUUAUGUUAUAUUCUUCCUCUGGCUUUCGGGAAAAUACUUUUUGUAUUAGUAGGCCUAUUACACGCCAGAAAUUAUUUCUCGAAUUUUAUAUUACAUCUAUGUCGGUCACAUCGUUAACCUGUAGUAGAUCAUUCGCCUCGUAGUUUACUGUGAUACGGUGCUUCUGAUACACUGGCUACUUUGAUACAAUAAUCCUGAGGACCCAACAACUUUGUUGCAGCAUUCUGUGUUGACCUAGAGGAUAGGAUUUACAUCCUAAAGGUUGGAUGUUUUCUGCCAGAUGAGCAGUGGUUGCUGUUGAUGGGACAAAAUGCCUUGCACUGAAACGGCCACUGUCUUCCUGAGAAACUUCAUCAAUAAUGAAUUCCAGGGAAAUUCAGCUACAUAUAUUGAGAGCUUCAACCCAUCUACAGGAAAGGUGCAUGUCAGGGUUCCUGAAAGCACAGCUCAAGACGUGAAUGAAGCUGUUAGAGCUGCCUCUGAAGCAUUUAUCAAGUGGUCACAGCUGCCCAUUCGAGAUCGGGCCAAGUACCUGCUCAAGAUAGCUGACCUCCUUGAAGUCCGCUUGGAGGAAUUUGCUCAGGCUGAGAGUACAGACCAAGGGAAACCAGUAUGGCUUGCUCAAAGUGUGGACAUUCCCAGAGCUGUCACCAACUUCAGACAGUUUGCAGAAGCUGUCCCUCACAUCAUGGAAAAAUCCACAUAUCAAGGUGAAUUUGAAGCUCUGAGUUAUACUCGGAGGGAGCCAAUUGGAGUUGCAGCCUUAAUCAGCCCAUGGAACUUACCUCUAUAUUUGCUUACAUUCAAAAUUGCUCCUGCGAUCAUUUGUGGAAACACAGUUGUUUGCAAACCCAGUGAGAUGACCAGUCUAACAGCCUAUAUGCUCUGUGAUGUCCUACUUGAAGCUGGUUUGCCCAAAGGUGUUGUGAAUAUGGUUUUUGGGAGUGGGAAGAAAGCUGGGGAGCAUUUAGUGACACACCCAGAUGUCUCCCUGAUUUCGUUCACGGGAAGUACAGUUGUGGGAAAGAGAAUCUCAGAAUUGGCUGCUCCUCAGAUGAAGAGGCUCUCUCUUGAGCUUGGUGGGAAGAAUGCAGGGAUUGUCUUUGGAGAUGUGGAUAUUGAUCAGGUCAUCCCAGUUCUCAUGAGGUCAUGUUUCAUCAACCAGGGAGAGGUUUGCCUCUGCACCUCUCGUCUCUUUGUUCAAAACACCAUCUUUCAGCCCUUCCUCCAGAAAUUCAUCUCUUCUGCAAGGAAUCUGAAGGUGGGUCCCCCAGGAGAGAAGAGUACAUUCCUUGGUGCAUUGAUAAGCAGGACUCAUUGGGACAAGGUGUCACACUACGUGAAUAUUGCUGGCCAGGAAGGGGGCACAAUUCGUUGUGGAUUCUCUGUUGACUCUUUGGAUCUUCCUGAGGGCUUUGAAAAGGGAUACUACUUUCCCCCCACUGUGAUAACGGAUCUGCUGGACACAUCUACCUGCAUGCAAGAGGAGAUUUUUGGCCCAGUUGUGUGCAUUGUACCUUUUGAGACAGAGGAGGAGGUGAUUGGCAGAGCAAACCAAGUUCCUUAUGGACUCUGUGCAUCUGUUUGGGCCAGAGAUGUUUCUGUCAUCCACAGGGUUGCUAAUGAGCUCAAGGUUGGGACCGUGUGGUGCAAUUGUUGGAUGGUACGCAGUCUGGACAUGCCGUUUGGAGGCACCAAGGGAAGUGGCCGUGGACGGGAAGGCAUCCAUGAAUCUCUCCACUUCUAUACUGAACUGAAGACUGUGUGUGUCAAAAUCUAAAGCAUGCAUCCAUCCUGAAGUUUUCUCUUGUUAAUCUUGUCACUCAUCUUCCACAUUACUCCUUAACACACCUUGUGCAGAAUUCCUGGGGUUUUGCUACCUUGUUGAGCCUGUUGCAAGAAACACCAUGAAUGCAUUUGUCAGGUGCAUCCAAAGUGGCUUUUCAGCAUGGAUAUAUUGUGCAUUCCUGUUAGUUCCUUCCCAGAAGAAUCACAUCCUCAUUAACAUAGUCUUUUGUAGGCUCUCUUGGGAGUGGUUCUAUUCCUGCUAACAUACUUCCAUUUCAUCUUUUAUGAAUUUGUAAGAAUUUAUUUUGAGAUUUUUUGGAGAUCCCCUGUGCUGCAAUUACUCACAGGGAAUGCUAUUGAGUGCAGUUUUGAAUAGAUUCUUGGAUUAUUUUCA